GGACCUGAGCCGCGGCGAUAGGAUGGGAAACAGUGCCCUCCGCGCUCAUGUGGAAACCGCGCAGAAAACGGGUGUGUUUCAGCUCAAGGAUCGCGGGCUGACCGAGUUCCCCUCAGAGUUGCAGAAGCUGACAAGCAAUCUCAGGACCAUCGACUUGUCCAACAACAAGAUCGAGAGCCUGCCGCCAAUGCUGAUAGGGAAGUUCACUCUGCUGAAGAGCCUCUCCCUGAACAACAACAAACUGACUGUUCUGCCUGAUGAAUUAUGCAAUCUGAAAAAACUAGAGAUGCUAAGCCUAAACAACAAUCACCUGACAGAGCUACCAUCUACCUUUGGGCAACUGUCUGCUCUCAAGACCCUGAGCCUCUCUGGGAACCGGCUCCGAGCACUGCCACCCCAACUGUGUAGCCUACGGCACCUGGAUGUGAUGGAUCUCUCUAAGAACCAGAUUCGUAGUAUACCUGACAUAGUGGGGGAGCUGCAGGUCAUCGAACUCAACCUCAACCAGAACCAGAUAUCUCAGAUCUCAGUGAAGAUAUCUUGCUGUCCUCGUCUCAAAGUUCUUCGUCUGGAAGAGAACUGUCUUGAGCUCAGCAUGCUUCCACAGAGCAUCCUUAGUGAUUCCCAGAUCUGUCUCCUUGCUGUGGAAGGCAAUCUUUUUGAGAUAAAAAAACUUCGAGAACUGGAAGGCUAUGAUAAGUACAUGGAGAGGUUCACAGCCACCAAGAAGAAGUUUGCAUGAUGUUCUCCAGGAGCGUGGGAACUUUAUAGGACACUGCCUUGGAACCUGUGUUGGAACCUGGCUGAAUCAAAGGCUCCUGUCAUUGUCAAGGAUAUCUACAGGAAGAAGAUGACACUCCAGGAGAUAUUUCAUUCAACAGUCUGUCCUUUUCAGGGCUCACUUAAGAUAAGCUAGAAGAAAAAGGACCAAGACAUAGGAAGAGUCCUCCAUUUUGAAUCAUGGAUAGGGCAGUGGACAGUGCUGAUCUUUAAAACCACAUUAGCUCGGCUUUCAGAAACUGGCAACUAGUUGUUAUUUAUACAGUGAGGGGGUGCUGCCUAGUAAAGAAAUAGCUCCACAGCACAGCUUGCAAUUUCACGUUUAGUUUCAAAGUGUGAGCUUUCAUAAGGUCAACUGGCAUUCCAACUCUGGGUUAACAUUUCAUAUUUUUAUGAAAUUCAAAUAGUCUGAGAGGCCGCUAUGGUUAAUUUAAGGAUUUAUGAUUUUAUUCCUGUCUAUCAGUUCAACUGCAGUGUUUAUCCUUAGAAUUUAGAAUGUAUCUAAAUAUUGUGUGACUUUCUGUCUUGAUUAAAUGUGUGCUUUGUC